AUGGGCGCCUAUAUCAGGGCCCGCGACGACAAGAGGGGGCAGUGUGAGGACGCCGCCAGCAUUGCGGCUAAGGCGGGCGUCAUGGUGGUGGCGGACGGCGUGGGAGGCUUCGCCGACAUGAAGGACGGCGGCGUCAGUGCACGCGGUUUAAUGCAACUCUCGCCGCCCUCGCCUUCAUCUUUCUCUGGGUCUUCCUUCACGGGGGCAUUCUCAAGGGCUCCGACAAGAUUAUCUUGUCAGGCAUGGCGGUCUCAGUGUUGCUGUCCGGCGCGGCGGGGGCUAUCUAUUGGUUGCCGAAGCCUCUGUCGUUGGAUUGCAAAAAGACAUACGCCAACCUGUGUUUUGCGCGUGCAGUGGCCGUCAACACCAUGGACGAGGCCAUGGCCACGCCACCACCCCAAGACGCCCACACCAACAGGGCCAAGCAGCUGCUGGAAGCAGGAUGGGCCAAGACAGCCGCCGACCGACACGGCCCGCCCGGCGCCAGGACCAUCGCCGUAGCCGCCACCACGCACAACGAGGAGGGCCGGCUGUGCAUGGACCUCGCCGAUAAGGGCUACACUACGGUGGACCAAAAGAUCCGAAGUAACCAUACGACUUGGAACGCAAAAGGCGACGUCUGUAUGUCUCAAAGUCUUCACUUGUGUCUCGGGUUGUGUCUCCGAUGGCUGCCUACAUUUUAUAUCCGACAGACAUGUGAUCUCUCACCGGCUCAGCCUCACACGAGCACUGCCGCGGCGGGGGGCUACGCCAGGCUGUGGAUUCAGUCCGCCAACAGGUAGUCAAGAGGGAGAGACACGUACAUAUAGCAUAACCCAGAACAAUGCUUGCUCGUGUGUCAGCUGUUGUUCUAGCUAUAGCCGCCGCCAUACACGAUGAGGAGGCCGGCUGUGCGUGGACCUUGCCGGCUAUGGCGACUCGACGGUGUUGGUCGUCAGGCGCCCCGCUCACGGUCCCCCCACCAUCGUGGCCGCGCUGGAGCCCAUGCAGCACCCCAACCAGCCCAACUACCCCUUACAGCUGCAGCGCAUCCCCCGCUGCCGGGCCGCCGCCAUCCGGGCCGCCGACAUCCUAA